AUGGUUCUCACUCACACAACCAACCACACAUACUCCCACCCGUUUCCGACCGUAACACUUGCCUUCUUCCUCCGCUACUGCUCUCCGCAGAUCAACCCUUUUGCGGCCCAUGUCCUCAGUACCGACACAAUCUCGAGCCAUGUGGAUGCCGAUGGCAGGCUUCACACAACACGCAUCCAUUUAAAAAAGUCACGCCUGCCUGGGGCAGUCUUCAAAUUACUUCCAACGAGCAUCACCGGCGGCGGUUCGAACAACAAGGCAUCUUAUGUUCUCGAGACGAGCAUCGUAGACAUACGAGAAGGUUGGAUGAAGACCGAGAGUCGAAACCUCAACUUUGUCGGGGUUUUAUCUGUCGUGGAGAAGCAGACAUACACAGCACCGACUGAGACAAACAACAGUGCCACCACGACCAAUGUGGAAACAAACGUCGUGUUUCGUUCUAGGCUUGGGGAGAAGCUUAGGGAGAAGAUCGGACAGUCACAGCAGCAGCAGCAGCAGCAACAGCAGCAAGAGCCUCGGGAGGGCUGGUUCUCGCGUCUCGGGACCAAGGGCAUCCAGCGGAGCAUUGAGAAUAUGGCAUCUACCAAGACCCUGGAUCAGCUCGGCAAGAGUCGCGAGGGCAUGCUGGUGGUGCUCGAGCGGCUGCGUAAUACCGGUCUCGUCAACAUAAUCGAGCUCACCAGAAGAGCCAAGGAAGCGCAGUCCGGCACAGUUUGA